AAGCGAGAGCCAACUAGAGGAGGAAAAAUAGAAUUUGAUCUCAAAGACAUCGAGAAAGAAGGAGAGGGAGAGAAAAAUAAAGGAGAAAUUGUGGCGAGCGAGAGCCAACUAGAGGAGGAAAAAUAGAAUUUGAUCUCAAAGACAUCGAGAAAGAAGGAGAGGGAGAGAAAAGUAAAGGAGAAAAAUCUGUUGUGCUUGUCUGUGGGUUUGGUUUUGGUUGGUAAGGGUUGUUCUUGAGGAGCCUUUAAGGAGGAGAGAGCGAGAGUAGAGGCCACAUUCUAAAGUUUUCGAGCUAUAUGAUCUCCAAAAGCUAGCAAAGCCCUUUUUCUCCUUUCCCCUCUUGGAGAAAGAACUUUCGUGGUUUUGAGAGGAUAGCUAUGGAGCUCAAGCUUCUCCUCCUCCUCCUGGUUGCAAUCCUGGCUUCUACAGCCUCGGCUCAAUGCCCUCUCUCCCACAGGAUUGGAAGCAGCCAGAGAUCUUUCAGAGCUUGCAGGAAUCUUGCGGAGCAAGGAGCCACACUGGCCUGGACUCACACUUCCUCCUCAAACACUCUGGAUGCCGUCUUCACUGGGACUGCCCCGAGCUCCUCGGGCUGGGUGGCCUGGGGGAUCAACACCGGCCCAGCGCCAGUGAUGAUGGGAGCCGACGUCUUCCUCGCCUUCCGGGCCAGCAAUGGCACUGCCAUGAUCCUCACCUACAAGCUCACGCAGGAUCUCAUGACCAAGCUCCCAUCCCCCGGGCCGAUUGGGAUCCGGGUGCUGGACAAAUCCGUGGACAUUAGCGGCAACCGGAUGAAGCUGUUCGUGAGGAUCCAGCUGCCGCGCAAUGGCAGCGCCGGGAGCGUGAUCAACCACAUCUGGAACAGGGGAGCGGCGAUGCAGGGAUCGAGCCCGCUGCCGCACGACACCAAGAACGACAUCAAGAGCGCUGGCAGCAUCAACAUUGCCAGCGGCAACGCGGAGAUCGUCAUCCCCCACCAGAAGCUCAAGAACAGGCACGGGAUUAUCAAUGCAGUGGGAUGGGGAUUGCUCCUGCCACUGGGAGUCAUGUCAGCUCGAUACUUGAAAGUUUUCCAGUGCGCGGACCCAGCAUGGUUUUACAUGCACGCUUUCUUCCAGAGCUCCGGCUACGUUCUGGGCGUUGUCGGCUGGGCCACGGGACUCAAGCUCGCGACUUACGCCGCUACAGUGCGCUGCAAGCACCGGAAUCUCGGCAUCGCCAUCUUCGUCUUCUCGACGUUGCAAGUCCUGUCGCUUCUUUUGCGGCCCAAAAAGGAGCACAAGGUGCGGAAAUUCUGGAACAUCUACCACCACACGCUGGGCUACGCCACCAUCGCCAUGAUCAUCGUCAACAUCUUCGAGGGCUUUGAUCUCCUGCAGCCGGAUCGGAAGUGGAAGCGCACCUACAUUGGAGUGAUCUCAUCGCUGGCUGCGCUGAGCGUAAUCUUGGAGGUGGUCACCUGGGUCGUCUACUUACGAAACAAGUCCAGACGAUCGUCUCAAGCCGAGCCCUUCAAAGGAGCUGCCGCUGCAAAUGGUCACGGGUCAUCUCCUUGGCCCAGUGCUGCUACUGCUCCCAAUGGGGCUUGAAUGCCGGAUAAAAAUGAUAAAAAGAAGAAAACAAUGCGAGAGAAGAAAAGGAUGGCUACAUCGUAAUGUAGUGCUAUACGUUUCGCUAUGUGUUAUACAAUAUAUUUUUAUAGGAUUUCUGCGAACAGGAUUCUCAUGUUUGACCAGAAUAAAAAUGUUGUCGUCCA